AUGGCUUUAUUCGAAGUAGACUGGGACAUCAAGUCCAAGAAAGUUGUGUUUGGAGAUACCAACGAUAAAGAGAAAAGAGAGAAGAAGAAAGAAAAGAAAGAAAAAAGACAAAAAAACAGAGAACUCAAGGAAGGAAGUCAUGAAAAGAGAAAAGAAGUGAGAGAUGAGGGAGAUGAGGAACCUAAGAAAAAGAAGGUAAAGGCUAUUAAAGAUGUUAAACCUUCCCAAGAUAGUACGACAGAAGAAUCCCAGGACCAUAAUAUAAUGGCCAUGGCACCAAACACCAAACUUACUCCAUUACAACAGAAAAUGAUGGCCAAAUUAUCAGGAUCUAGAUUCAGAUGGAUCAAUGAACAAUUGUACACCAUCCCUUCUGAAAAAGCUUUAAAGUUAAUAAGUCAACAACCAUCAUUAUUCGAUGAAUAUCAUCAAGGGUUCAGAUCACAAGUCCAAGGUUGGCCAGAAAAUCCCGUCAAUGUAUUCGUUAACCAAUUAAAAACAAGAUUCAUUAAACCUAUAAAUGCCCCGGGUGGAUUACCUGGGAUCAAUAGAGAAGUUGUUGUGGCAGAUAUGGGAUGUGGUGAAGCACAACUAUCUUUGGAUGUUUCUAAAUUUGCUACCAAACAAAUUAAGAAGGGGAAAAAGAUUGUAGUCCAUAGUUUUGAUUUAAAGAAAUCUAAUGAUAGAAUCACUGUUGCUGAUAUUAAGAAUGUUCCUUUGGAAGAUGAAUCAUGUACGGUAGUAAUUUUCUGUUUAGCACUUAUGGGAACCAAUUUCAUCGAUUUCAUUCAAGAAGCUUAUAGAAUUUUAGCACCCAGAGGAGAAUUAUGGAUUGCUGAGAUCAAAUCCAGAUUCAAUGAAAAGGAUAAAGAUGUUGGACAAGAAUUCAUCGAUGCUAUUAAAUUACAAGGAUUCUUCCAUAAGAACACUGAUAACUCCAACAAAAUGUUCUCCAGGUUUGAAUUCUUCAAACCAGCAAAGAAUGUGGUUGAAGAGAGAAAUGAAAGAUUGAAGAGGAAGAAAAGAUUUGUCGAGCAGGAAACUGAGAUCGAGGAAUUCAAAUCCAAAAGAGAAAAACAACCUGAAGGUGAAUGGUUGUUAAAACCUUGUAUUUAUAAGAGAAGGUAA